CCGUGGUGAGUGGGGAUUCUAGGCUGGAAUGAACCACUGCGUGAGGAAGGGGGGAAUUGUGUGGAGGCGGGCGAGAGGGUGCUUAGUCCUGAAGUUUUAGGAAAUCUACUUAUUUCUCUUCAUGCAUGCAGUUGCCUUCAGCUUAGAGCCAAGAAGCAAAUAAGAUGACAUCAGUUGCACGACAAGAAGUUCUUGGCCUUUACCGCAGGAUAUUCAGAAUAGCCAAAAAAUGGCAGUCUGCAUCAGGACAGAUGGAAGACACUAUUAAAGAGAAACAGUACAUUAUAAAUGAAGCCAAAACCUUAUUCCAAAAAAACAAAGAUCUAACAGAUCCAGAGCUGAUUAAACAGUGUAUAGAAGAAUGCAAGGCAAGAGUAGAAAUCGGACUUCACUAUCACAUUCCCUACCCAAGACCUGUGAGUGUGAAUCCAGACACAACGUCUACAACAAUUCAUCUGCCUCCUCUGGGUCUCGCCCCACAAUGUGGUCGUACAUUUCGAAACCAAGAAAAGCUGAGGAAGCUUUCCAAGCCAGCCUACUUGAGAUCCUACGACGAAGUUUCAUAACCCACUGUCAAAGUGUGGUGCAUAUUAUCACGAACUGCAAGGCAGACAUGGCUCGUGUGUGCAACUGUGAAUGAAAGUGCAUGCUUUAUAGUCACUUACUCUUCCUGACUCCACAAGCCUAGCUGAUUCAGUGUAUGGAAACUCUUGUAUUUAAGAUUCAACCACUGACAUCAAUAAAAGUAACAGCUUUUAAGGA